AUGGCGUCGCUCUCCGUGGCCACGCUCCCGCAGCUGGCCGGCGCGCCGGCGGCGGCGGCGGCGAAGAAGAGGUCCGGCGUGACGUACGUGGAGGGCAUGAACGCCUACAGCGGCCUCAAGGGGCUCAACAAGGUGACCAUGCUGGGCGUGCGCAAGAGCGCCGACUACAAGUUCGCCAGGAUCGUGGCGUCGCUCAGCCCCGCGGGCAAGAGGCGCGGGGGCUCGUUCGGCGCGCAGUGCAACGCCGCCGGCGAGAUCUUCCAGAUCGCCGUCGUCAUGAACGCGCUCACGCUCGUCGGCGUCGCCGUCGGCUUCGUGCUGCUCCGGGCCGAGGCGGCCUACGAGGAGUCGGAGGAGUGA